AAAAUGGAGACUGAAAAGUUUCUUGCUGAAACAUCAGCCAGUGGGCCUUCUCUACUACCAAAUAACGCCAAAGUCAGGAAUAAACUUCUAGCACCCAACAAAACCCAACUUCUAGCACUGAAACUGAACUCUCCCAACGGCCCAAAAAAACAACCUAAAAAGGCAGAAGAAAAAGUCAGAAUAGAUAACCUACAAGAAUCUGAACUACAAGCUCUUCUGGACGAAGUGUUGCAGUACAGUGGAAAACGGGAUGGGGAGAAAGGAUCAGAACUCUUUCAAGCCUUAUUAAGGGAGACCCAAGAAUCUGGCGAAGAGAGUCCCCCUGCCUUCAGACCAACUCAGACCACAUCAAACCCUGCUGUUCAGCAACGCAGACGAAGGUCAAGAAAGGAGACUAGUGUACCAUUUUCUCAUCAAACUACAGGAGUAUCUUCUGUUCAGUCAAAUACUGUGGCAGGAAGCAACAAAAAAGGAGGCUCAUUGCAAAAUAUUUCAUCUCAUAGCCAGAGUGAGUGGGGUAGCGUUCGUCGAAGAAAACGUCACGAUACUUCAGACAGCGGAUCGACUCUUGGAAGUCCACGUAAACGGGAAGGCGGGUCUUUACCCUGUGAUGUAGCGAGAGGCUCGAACAAAACAGUCAAACCAGAUGAAUUAGUUUUGACGAGCACUGAAGAUAUCCAUACCGAACCUUCUCGUUUGACUAAUGAUUGCGUCAUCAACAUGGAAGGAAUGAUAGAAUCCUCAGCUAAUUUUUCUGAAUUGGAAGAUAAGUUUCCUGAACCGUGGAAUAAUCAUCACAUCCGAAGGACUGAACACUCAACAAGCGUCAUAGAACCAAUGGAGCAGGACAUGGAAAUCUGUCCGUCGGAAAACGUUGGAAUAACCAAGAAACUCUUGUCGAAAAGCUCAAAAGAAUACGGAACUAUUCAAUGCGAAGUUGAUGCAGCCAUCCCGUUUGUACCUUUUGACUCCACUGCCAAUCAAGAAGUAAACAGAUCCAACACUGUAAAUGGUUCAUUAGACGACGGUAUUCCUCAUCAGCGGCGAAUUCAUCGUCAAACCGGAGGUAUCAGUGACUCGCGAAUGGACGAGAACGGCAAUCCGUUCGGAAGUGUCAACGGUACCUCCAUAUCGCCUUUCAUGCAUCGGACGAGCCCUUCCGGGAUAAGCACCACUAAUUUAACGUCCGUGAACACUAGUAGUGGCUUUUCAACGUCCAAAGCAGGUCAGCGAAAGCAGAAGAAGAAAAAUGGCAAAGACGAAAACGUUUUGUAUGCCAAAGAGAUUCCAGGUUUUGUCGGAAAUCGCAAUGUCGAUGAACUGCUCGAGUAUAUAGAGUCGUCUGAGAGUAACGGCAAAAAGGCCUCAGACAAGAAAACUGGGCUUAAACACAACGGAACAUUGGUUAAAGAUUCGUCUUCCAAAGUGAAGCCAAAAGAGAAGAAAAGUUCGUCCAAAUCACUCCAUCGUCAAAUGAAUUCAAACCAAGCCGAUUCAGAGGACUCGGAUACUCCAGGAGGCGGUUCCAUCAAUUCUCCUGUCGGAAAAGACGAAGAUUUCGUUUUUAGAGCUAAAACAGUGGACGGCGUUGAAGAACUGGAAGCUGCCGUCGCGGCAGCGGCUGCUGACUUUCAGACCGUGACCAAAAAACAGCGUCGCAAGAAGCGUAACUCACUUUCUAACUCGACUACUGGCAGUAAAACCAAGGAGCUGCUAGAACAGUCACACAUGAACCUGUUUUAUAAUGCUUCGUCGCCCUCAGUGAUGAUGCGUCCCCCUCGUCAACCACCAAGUAUUUCAGCAGGCAGCCAAAUUGCCAUUCAAAUAAGCGGAGGCACUGUCGGAAACGGACUUGGUGGUGGCAAUGAAGCAGCAAAGAAAUUGGUAGCGAGCGUACCACCAUCUGAACCAUCAGACUUGGAUUCUGAUGGAGGUGACAGUGUUCAUUCCUUGCCCGUCCAGCCAUCGGCGCCUCUCUUCCCUUACCCGCCCAUGCAUCAACAACCUCCGUCGUCGGCGCAGAACUCAAUUUCGUACGCCGAUAUCAUACGGUCGGAACAGCAUCACGCCAAAAGUGAUGUGGUGUUCCUUGCUGAGUCUAGUCAGCCUAUCGAUGUCAAACAACUCUGUGCCACCAGCCCAAAUACUGCGAUCCCAGCUGUCGGAACCAACCCAUCAACCGCUCCUGCUCCUUUAACUGAUCUUGUUGCCUCUGCCGCGACUUUUACUGCUGCGGCUAACGUGCCUUGCAACAGAGCAGCGCCCAGAGCAUCCCUUUCAGGAGUUCCUUUGAGACGAGCUGCCUCUCUGCCGCCCACCUCACCUAGCGUCGAAACUCCACCAGUUGUGAUCGUCGGAUCCAGUUCCAGCACUCAGGUGGACGUAACAUUUGGGUUUGAGUUAAAUGAACAGCUGUUGGCUCUAUCAAUACAACCGUCCCCGCCAUCUCAGCAGCCAAAGGAAACUCAGUCCAGCCUUCUCACUUCGCCAGAGGCAUAUACAGAACCGAUUAUGGUAUCGUUCUCUCCAGAACCAAGGUCGGAGACCAAGCCAGAUCCCGAACUCUACCCGUCUUCUUCUACUCCUCUGUCGUCUUCUCCCGAGGCGGCCUCUACACCUACUGCAGUUGAUUUUGCAUCUCGUUAUCGCGAACGACCAGAACUGCUCAAUCCUCCUCUUUCUCGACGAUCGUACGAAAUAGUUGAUUUCAUCAGUCAAGCUUGGAAAAGAAUUGAACGGAAGCUGGAUGAACAGCAACAGCAUAACAUUGGCAGUAAUGGGGGCCUGGCCCUUCAAUCAAGUAUUCGUGUGUAUACUUUGGAGUGAAGUGAGGAGUUUGGAAGAUAAAUCGGCAUCCAGACUCGCUGCUAGGGAUCGAGCGGCAAACUUUGUGAUCGGAAUCAUACUUUUGUGUGAAUAUGUGACUGGUUCGUCAGACCAAACUUUAGUGCACCGUGUGCGCGCGUCCAGACGGGCUCCCUACAAACUGCAAUCGCCUGUGAAUCAGUGACGACGUCCAAAGCGAAUCGCAGUGGACAUGUCGACGUCGCCAGUGUGCGUGCUUGGUUGUGUGAGACUCUUUUUUUUUUUAGUGUGUAUGUAUGUUCAUUUGAUUUUCUGUUGUUGAUGUUCCAGCCGUCUAGUCGUGGAGGACGAAGGGUAUCGUUUAUCAAGAGAAGAAAAAAAAAAAAGAAUCUUUUUAGAUUAUUUUCUCUUAUGUGAGUUAUUGCGAGACAAAUGGUUAAGCCCCUCUCUCUCUCCCUCGUCUAAUUGGCACAUCCCGCUCCAUACAGCUUCUAGCUUCUAAUUUGAUUGCGAUCCUGCUCUCUUUAAAUUCCUUUCGUUUUCAGUAAUUUCUCCAAUGAGUUGAUAAUUGUUAUUUGAACACUUUCUUUUUCUUCGUUAAAUAAAACAAAACAAAAUAAA